AACGUUUCUUUGGACGUUGAGGAAAAUGAGAGGAGAGCCAACAAACCAUGCACUGUUUUGCGGCGGCUUAGAUUGAAUUUUCUAUACAGUUUUGUCAUAAAAUCCGUCGAGUAAGGAGUGACGCGUCGUUUCACGGGUGAAGAGUGAAAAUUUUUCGAACGUGUGUUGUUUUUUUUUUCUGUGCUACUCUUUGCCGGAGAUAUAUUUAUCUCGGUUCACCGUGAAGAAGCGGCAUUUUCCUCUGGGAGCCACUCAUAUCGUGCCUUGGUUGAAUGCGCAAGCUGUGGAAAGGCAGCCCGAGGCAGUUGUGUGCGAGUGAGAGUAUAAUCGCUGAGUGAGUGCUUGGUGGAUAAUUCUCGAAUGAAAAUGAAGCAAAUCAACGCAGCGGGAAAGUGUUUCAGUACUUUGCUGUGAUUGGAUCGUAAAUUGAGAAGAAAAAAGUGAGUGCCCCAGAAUAAAAUGAAACCGGAAGAAAAAUGAACGAAAAUAGUGGAGGCUACAGAAACAGGCAUAAUAAAAUUAUCGCAAUUCUAAUAAAAUAGUUUUUGAUGAGUUGUUUCUACUGGCGCGAAUUCGAGUGCAAUACAGUGAGCGAGCGGUUGCACGGUUGUGCAUCCGCAGAGUUUGUUCAACAGUGGCGCGGUUUGUAGGGAGCGGAUCGAAGAAAAAAAGUGUGGUGUAGAUUCGAGCGGAAAUCGGCCGUCGGAGUAGAAAAUAGCUUCCGGCGAGGCGCGACCGUUCCGGAGAGAAACCCGCCGCCGGUGGUCCUGACGUUGGGUUCCCAGACCGGUAGUAUCGUAUUAGUGGCCAUCGACCGGGAAGCGGACAGCAGCAUAGCCCUACUAUGGAGCGAAAACGUUCGAUCCGGAGGCGACAGAAACCACCGUUUGCAGAGCGGUUGAAAGAUAACUGCCGAAAUUUCACUGCAUUUAUGUUCAGUAAUGUGGGAAUCAUUUUUUUAGUCGUCCUUUACAUGAUUGCGGGUGCGUUCAUGUUCAUCGCGAUCGAAGGUAAUGAAGCUUUAGAAAGGUUUGCUCAAAUACCGUCCAAGAGAAUCGAGACUGCCAUGCGACUUUGGCAGAUUUCCUGCUGUGAGGUGAAUGUGUUCAACAAAAGCGUGUUCGAGGAAAGAGUAGGAGAAGAAAUUCGCGCCUACCAGGAAAAGAUUGUUCUAUGGGCCCGUCGCGGAUGGCAGGGGAGUGACAUCACGCUGGAAAGCGAGACGCAAUGGUCCUUCUCCGGAGGAUUCCUGUAUUCCCUCACAGUCAUCACCACCAUCGGUUAUGGCAACAUAGUUCCUCGAACAGAGUGGGGCAAAAUUGCAACGAUAUUUUACGCAAUCAUAGGAAUGCCACUAUUCCUUCUCUAUCUUUCCAACAUAGGUGAUAUUUUGGCUAAAUCGUUCAAAUGGAUCUACGCCAAAUUCUGUUUGUGCAGGGUAUGUCCAGGUGUUGCUCGACGGCGUGCCCUCAGAGCUAGACGAAGAGCAAGGACUGAGGAACGUGACUACCAGUCGGAGCUGGGUGAUAACGGGUUCGAUACUGCCACCAUCACCACUUCCAACGUCGAGGACGAAAUCGAGGAAGAAAUCACUGCCGAGACGAACACCGUUACCGUUCCAAUUACAAUUUGUAUAAUGAUAAUGAUCGGAUAUAUAUUUUUUGGUGCUCGACUAUUUGCUGACUGGGAAAACUGGGACAUCCUGGAUGGGAGCUAUUUUUGCUUCAUUUCGUUAAGCAGCAUUGGAUUUGGAGAUAUAGUGCCUGGUGCUUCGCUGCAAACGAAAGGUGACACAAAGAUGGAAAUCAGCUUUAUCCUAUGCGCCAUUUAUCUGCUGCUUGGCAUGGCCCUGAUAGCCAUGUGCUUCAAUCUGAUGCAGGAACAAGUCAUCUAUAAAAUACGUUCCUUGAAGAAGUGCGUCCGUGGAUGUUGUCAGUGCAAGAAAAACGUCCCACCACCAAGUGAGGAGGAGUCCGAAGGCUGAAAAGGACACACGGUUUCAUCGAAGCUAGUGAAGUGCUCUGGGCCCUCAAUUUCCGUAAACGAAUUCUAACCCCUAGGAUGUAAGAUCACAGCGAUUAAAGACAAUGCGAGACAGUUGUUAAGUUUUUGUUUAGUUGAUGUAAAUAAUUCUCAAACCAUCUUACUUUUUCUAAUCAACUUUUCAGAGUGAAUAACUUAAGUCCAUUCGUUGUAAGGGAAUUCGGAUCUUAACGAUUGUUCAACAUUCCAAAAGAAAAUGAAGUUUAUUCA